AGCCACUUAUGCAAGAGCCCAACGUACUUAAGGGCUCUCCAUCCUACAUCAAUCCCAAGAUCAACGCGUCUUUUUCACCGCACAUCCAGCACGGUGCCAAGCAACUUUCUGCUUUCUACACAGCAAAAGGGCCUGUCUGGUCGCACUUACAAUAUCGAACAUGUUUUGCAGGAGGAAGUGUCUCCACCGCGUCAAGUUUAUCGUGCCUCUGCGGGCGAUCACAAGAAUUUCAUAUUAGAGCAUAUACAUCCCAUCAACUUUGAAGAUCUUCAAGAAGUCAAUAAUCGCCUACGUGGAAAUGCAAGCCAUGUUCGGCUUGCUAUGGAUACUAUCUCAAACAAGUCUAUGUUUGUUUUUGAUCACUUCACGGGUAAUUUCUUAACUCUUGCACAGAAUGACUCGCCAUUGCCCCCUGUGGCUAUGAAGAGAAUUCUCAAGAAUGCCCUUACUGGACCUUCUGAGCUUCAUGACCAGGAUAUUGUUCAUACAACAAUAUUUUUGUCAACUGACAGGAUUGCCAUAAAGAAACUAUUUUCAACAAAGUUCAGCUUGGAGACCGGAAAAGAUGCCGCUUAUAUUCCCCCAGGGUGCGAUAUGAUCGGCAAACAGGCAGGUAAAUGGAUGUGGAGGAGCCCCGAAGCCCACGCAAGAGGGCCAAUCAACAAACCUUCGGAUAUUUUCUCAUUUGCUCUGGUUUGCAUCUGCGCCAUUCACAAACGCAUAAGUUUCGCUGUUAGAGAAGACGAGCCAGAGGAGGGUGUCGAUCCCCUUGCUGUGGUAUUUGAACGCCAGAUCUCUUACUUUGCAGAUGAAGACGGGCUCAAUGAAUUUUUGAAGCACCUUGGUGACAAUUCAUGGGUUCGUGUUUUCGAAGUAAUUCGGGACGGAUUCAACCAGGAGAUCUCGCGUGAACCAUUCAAGUUCUGGAAUGGUAUUGAUGAAGAUUUUAGAAGUCUUAUAUGUGAUAUGACAUGUUUUGAUCCGGCCAAACGGAGCACGGCUCGUCAAGCACUGGAGCGUAAAUGGUUUGAAGGCGUUUGA